AUGCCGGGACCCAGGACUUUGGCCUUGGCUCUCUCAGCCACGAGAGUCGCAUCUCGCCGCGUCUCUCAUUUGCGAUCUUCUCGUCUUCCGGCCUAUCGCCAGCAUGCGUUUAGUACUUCUCACCCCGUUCGACGACCAGAUGCCUUCCACUCUAUGCUUGAAGAGGCGCGCAAGGCUUCCGAUGUCCUCUCCGCCAACCCGAAUACCAUCUCCAGUUCUCCUCAAACACGGACAGAGAAGAUUAUACAAAAGCAUUCGGUUGGUCUUGCGCCCGGAAAAGUUGUCAAGUCUGGAGACUUUGUAUCUCUUCGACCGGAACACAGCAUGACGCACGACAACUCAUUUCCUGUUGUCCAAAAAUUCUAUAAUGCAGGAGCGUCCCAGAUCCACGAUAAAAACCAGAUUGUCUUUACCCUGGAUCAUGAUAUUCAGAACAAAAGCGAGUCCAAUCUCAAGAAGUAUGCUUUUAUAGAAGAGUUUGCCCGUACUCAUGGUAUCGACUUUUACGGCGCCGGCCGCGGCAUCGGUCACCAGAUCAUGGUCGAGGAAGGAUAUGCCUGGCCGAAUACAGUCGUCACCGCCUCAGAUAGCCAUUCGAAUAUGUACGGAGCAAUGGGAGCAGUUGGAACUCCCAUCGUCAGAUCCGAUGCCGCCAGUGUACUUGCAACUGGACGGACUUGGUUUCAGGUGCCACCUAUCGCCAAGGUUACUUUCACUGGCGCUUUGCAACCUGGAGUCUCGGGGAAAGAUGUCAUCAUUGCCCUUUCUUCGUUGUUCAAUCACGAUGAGGUCCUAAAUCACUGCAUCGAGUUCACCGCAUCAGAAGCAACACUAAAGAGCAUUCCUGUUGAUUAUAGGUUGAGCAUCUCGAAUAUGACAACGGAGUGGGGAGCUCUAUCUGGAGUCUUCCCCGUGGAUUCAGUUCUCGUCUCCUGGCUACGAGCAAAAGCUACUCUGGCAGCCAUGUUUGAGGGGGGCAAGGGACGUUUCACCCAUGAACGCAUCGAUGAGCUGGAGAGAAACCGGGUUGAAGCUGAUCCUGGUGCCACCUACGCUAAAUCGCUAUUUCUCGACUUGUCUACUUUAUCUCCUUUUGUAUCAGGACCCAAUACGCCUAAAACUGGAGCUCCUCUUAAGGAUAUUGAAGCGAAGAAGAUUCCAGUGAACAAGGCCUAUAUUGUCUCUUGCACGAACAGCCGUGCUUCGGACUUAGCUAGCGCUGCUCAAGUCUUCCGAGAAGCGGCUACGGAAGACGGUGUCAUCCCCAAAAUCGCACCGGGUGUUGAACUUUACGUUGCCGCAGCUUCUCUCCCUGAACAAAAAAUUGCUGAAGAGGCCGGUGACUGGCAAGUCCUCAUCGACGCUGGAGCACAACCUCUCCCUUCAGGCUGCGCAAUGUGCAUAGGCUUGGGGCGUGGACUUCUUGAGCCGGGCGAGGUAGCCAUCAGCGCUUCAAACCGAAACUUCCCUGGAAGAAUGGGUGCAAAAGAAGCAACUUCAUAUCUCGCCAGCCCUGAAGUAGUAGCCGCGAGUGCUUUGAAGGGCUACAUUGGGGGCCCGGGCUGGUAUCAGGCGCCGGAGGGUGUUGAGAAGGUCAUUAUUGGCGAGGGCAGCGGAAACCUUGAGGCUGAUAGGGUCAUGAGCGUGGAAGAUGCUCUUGAUAAGCUUCUCAACGAAGCAGAGAGUAUGAUCUCCGGUGCCGAGAACGAUCUUAACGGCUCCAGUGAGGCUGCGGUGGUUGAAUCCGAAGACACUCUGACCGAUGUCCUGCCUGGAUUUCCUGAGUCCAUUGAAGGCGAAAUUGUUUUCUGCGAUACCGAUAACAUCAACACAGACGGCAUUUAUCCUGGCAAGUACACCUAUCAAGAUAACAUCUCUAAGGAAACCAUGGCGGAGGUGUGCAUGGAAAACUAUGACUCUGCAUUCCGCACCAUUGCCCGUGAAGGCGAUAUAUUGGUAGUGCCCUACAAUUUUGGUUGUGGCUCAUCCCGAGAACAGGCCGCUACAUCGAUUCUGGCAAAGAAGAUUCCACUUGUUGUGGCUGGCAGCUUCGGUAACAUCUUUAGCAGAAAUAGCAUCAACAAUGCUCUUAUGGGCAUUGAGCUACCACGCCUUAUCUCACGGCUGAGAGAAACGUUUAAGAGCGAGGAUGGUAAAAAGGUGCUCACACGACGUACCGGCUGGAAACUCAAGUGGGACGUCCGCAGGAGCAAAGUGACCAUCACAGAGGAGGGCGGAGAGACGUGGAGUGAAAAGGUUGGCGAACUGCCGCCGAACGUUCAGGAGAUUAUUGCCAAGGGAGGAUUGGAGGGUUGGAUGAAGUCUCAGAUUUCCCAGUGA